AUGGAUAAUAUUACCUCGGUCGUUGGUCUACUUGAAUUGUCCUUCCAAUUCAUAUUACUGGUCUUUUUAGUUUCUCCGGUGUUAUUUGUUCUUGUAGAGAAUAGAAAAUCUUUCAUCAAAUGUAUUUCAUUUGGUAGCAAUACUCAAGGAGAUAGUGGUGAAAAAUAUGACGUUGAAGAUCCUAGAAUUAGUCUCUCCGAAAGGAUGGCAGCUUUAAAUCACGUAGAUCUUGACUAUUUCAAUGUGGUCGACAGAACUUUGGAUAGUACAAUUUGUUCUCUAAACAGUAGUUGCCUCAGUCGCCCUCCUAUCAAUAUUUCUGGCAAUAACAAUAUUAUGGAUGAAAAAGAAAUUAUUGGUGAGGAGAUAAAUGAUGGGGAGGUCUCUUCACGAUUUGACGCAUUUGAAACACCGCCAUCAGCAUUUAGACAUAACAUUCGUAAAACAAGAAGAUUGGGUCAACCUCUAUUUAGGAACAGUUAA